AUGGAGCCCCAAGGAACCAGAGAAGAGCCGUUCCCUGCAAGGAGCAGGCAAGAGGCGGGCACAGUGAACGGUGUCCCGACAGAAGUCACUUCCGUGUCCUUCUCUGACAAGUUCAUGGUGACAAUCUCGCAAGACGGCAAGCUCUCACAAUGGAUCCAAGUACCUCUGCAAGCGUCGUCAGGCGGCAUGGUCGACCUGAGCUUGCCGUCGAGCAGCAGAGGCCUGCUCCCGUCCGUCCACCUCACGCCCAAGACUCUCCUCGGCGGAGGCGGCGACGAGAGGGAGACGCUCGGGCAGCUAUACGCCGCGCAGAUCGCCAGUCUACUCUCUACCAGAGACCCCGAGGACCGCAGGACGCUGGUUCUGGGGUUGGGGCUCAACAAGGUCGACACCGAGCGGGAGGCCUUCUUUGACACGGUUGAGCUGGUUCAGAAAGUGCUGUAA